AAGAAAAUUCCUCAAGCUUCCACAGCCGAAGAAAUAAUAAACAAAGAACAGGAGAAAACUCCCAUUCCCUUGUUGCUCCUAGAAGGCCAGGAACUUGUUGUUCUUGGCUGAAUUCUGAAACGUCAUUAUUCAUCGCCAUCCCCUUGAUAGCUUGAAUAUCUUGUUGCUUUUAUAAGCACAUCACUCUUUUCUUCUGCUUAAAUAUUGGUUUAUGUUUUGGUUUAGGACAAUGCACGAUAGUCUUGUAGGGUUCUUGAUUGUCUCUCUUGGAAUUCUGACCACUUUUGUCCAUUCAAAGACUGAUUCUGAUGAUGUUUCGGCUUUGAAUGUGAUGUUUACAAGCUUAAAUUCUCCUUCAAAACUGAGUGGAUGGAAAUCAAGAGGUGGAGACCCUUGUGGAGACUCAUGGGAAGGGAUCCAAUGCUCAGGCUCAUCUGUGACUCAAAUAAAGUUAUCUGGACUCGGACUUACUGGAUCACUGGGUUACCAGCUAUCAAACUUGAAAUCUGUCACCUACUUUGACGUGAGCAAAAACAACCUCAAUAAUGAUAUACCAUACCAGCUUCCUCCCAAUACAGUUAACUUAGAUCUUUCUAAUAAUGGCUUCACUGGAAAUGUGCCCUACUCAAUUUCACAGAUGACUAAACUUCAAUACCUAAAUCUUAAUCAUAAUAAAAUCAAUGGACAGCUGAGUGAUAUGUUUCAAAAACUCACUAAACUCAAAACAAUGGAUCUAUCCCACAACUCGAUCUCUGGGAAUCUGCCUCAAAGUUUUUCUGCACUCAAAAGCCUCAGCACACUGCAUUUGCAAGACAAUAAAUUCACUGGUACCUUAGAUGUCCUCGCCGCACUCCCCCUUAAAGAUUUGAAUGUUGAGGACAACGAGUUCACUGGCUGGGUCCCUGAUUCGCUGGAGGGCAUUGAUAAUCUGGAAACCGGGGGGAAUUCGUGGUCAUCUGGCCAUGCUCCUCGUGGUAAAUCUAGUCCAGCCCAUGAAAAGGGAGGUGGAAAGAAGGGCAUGAGUGGACUCGCUAUAGCUUUAAUAGUAUUGGCUUCACUGGUUGUUCUUGUACUUCUCCUAUUACUAUUUUCAAGAAAAAGGUCCUCUCCAUCUUCAAAUUUUCUUGACGAGGAGAAAGGUAGCCGGCAUAGAACAUUUACUCCCCUUUCAUCACAAGAACUAUCCAAUCACACGAUUGCUUCCAUAAAGAAAGAGUUUAAAGAAACUGAGUCACUCAAUUCAUCUGGUCCGAUUGAUAUAAGAACUUUCAAAAAAGCUGCUUCCAUGAGCUGCAAGCCUCCACCUUCCAAUUUUUCUCAGUCUAUAAAUGACAACCAGUUUGCAAGCUGUCUAAAUCCAGGAAGAAACACCUCUGUUCGUGCCGUAGCUUUUUCAUUGACAGAUUUGCAGAGUGCUACUGGAAAUUUUGCACCAGGCCGACUUAUUGGUGAGGGUUCCCUUGGUCGCGUCUACAGGGCAAAAUAUCCUGAUGGGAAGGUUUUAGCUGUCAAAACGAUUGAUUUAUCACUUCUUCAAGGUGCAAAGCCAGAGGAUUUUUCAGAAAUUGUCACAAGCAUCUCAAAAGUUCACCAUCCGAACAUUGCUGAGCUUGUUGGUUAUUGUGCAGAACAAGGGCAUAACAUGUUGAUAUAUGACUAUUUCAGGAAUGGAUCACUUCAUGGUUUCCUGCAUGUAGCAGAUGACUACAGUAAACCACUAACGUGGAAUACCAGAGUUAGAAUAGCUUUGGGCACGGCCCGCGCUGUUGAGUACCUCCAUGAAGUUUGUUCUCCAUCCUUCAUCCACAAGAACAUCAAGUCAUCAAAUAUUUUGCUUGACAAUGAACUCAACCCAUGUCUUUGCGACUACGGGCUGGAAAACUUUCAUCAUCGGACAAGCCAAAACCUUGGUGUAGGAUACAAUGCGCCAGAGUGCACUGAACCUCCAGCUUACACAAUGAAGAGUGAUGUUUACAGCUUUGGAGUGGUGAUGCUGGAGCUAUUGACUUGCCGGAAGCCUUUAGACAGUUCGAGACCCAAAUCAGAACAAUGUUUGGUCCGAUGGUCCACCCCGCAACUGCAUGACAUUGAUUCAUUGGAAAAAAUGGUUGACCCUGCAUUGCGUGGGCUAUACCCUCCGAAGUCAGUAUCUCGAUUCGCUGAUAUCAUUGCCCUCUGUGCACAGGCGGAGCCUGAAUUUCGGCCACCUAUGUCAGAGGUAGUCCAAGCAUUGGUGCGAUUAGUUCAGCGAUCGAGUAUGAACUUAAGAGACGAUAUUACAAUUUCUAGUCAGAUGGAGGAUUCUGAUUACUAGUGCUGUGUUCUAUCAAGACUAAAAUAGAUCAAAAGAUUAAUUUCUUCUUAUUUGGUUAUGCCUCUUGAAUAUGUCUUCGUUAGUAGGCUUGGAUGCUUAGGACUUUUGGAGAUUUUUUCUUUUUAUUUUUACGCAUGAAAGAUUUUAUGGAGAGAUUCAUCUUCCUAAGCGAGGUAGCCUCCAUGUUGCUUGUCAAUGCUAUUGUUAUUCGUCUGUAUCCGAAUCUCAGUCCAUGACUAGUAAUGUAGCAACGGUAUA